AAUUCGCUAUUGGACCGACUCGCUGUCAGUUUCAAGCUGAGGAAAAAAAGGAGGAAUGGACGCCGAGGCACUCAGCAUCUGUAACAAACCAUGAAUGUUGUGUCAGAUUCAGCGAUUUUUGCUUAAAGAAAAUAAGGAUAAAGAAGAACAGCUUCCAUCAUGUAUGGUUUUGUGAAUCACGCCUUGGAGCUGCUUGUUUUAAGGAAUUACGGCCCGGAAGUGUGGGAAGACAUCAAGAGAGAGGCUCAGCUUGAUAUUGAGGGUCAGUUCCUGGUUAGAAUCAUAUAUGAAGAUGCCAAAACAUACGAUCUUGUUGCUGCCGCAAGUAAAGUUCUCAAGAUUGAUGCAGGAGACAUUUUGCAGUUGUUUGGAAAGAUGUUUUUUGAAUUUUGCCAAGAGUCGGGAUAUGACACCAUCUUGCGAGUGUUAGGAUCAAAUGUUCGUGAAUUCCUGCAGAAUUUGGAUGCUCUACAUGACCACCUGGGUACUAUCUACCCCGGGAUGAGGGCUCCGUCUUUCCGUUGCACGGAUGCCGAAAAAGGGAACAAACUGAUUCUUCACUACUACUCCGAGAGAGAAGGCCUGCAAGACAUUGUGAUUGGCAUCAUUAAAACCGUCGCUCAACAAAUCCAUGGCACAGAGAUAGAGAUGAAGGUGAUCCAACCGAAAAGCGAGGAGUGCGACCACAUCAAGUUUCUGAUUGAGGAGAAGGACUCGGAGGAAGAGGCGUUCUAUGAGGACCUGGAUGGCUUCGAAGAGAACGGCACACAGGAGACUCGGAUCAGCCCGUACACGUUUUGCAAGGCCUUCCCGUUCCACCUCAUGUUUGACAAAGACCUGAUGCUUACGCAGUGUGGGAACGCCAUCUAUCGAGUCCUGCCUCAGCUCCAGCCUGGUACCUGUAUCCUCCCCUCGGUUUUUUCUUUGGUCCGUCCUCACAUUGACUUCAGUUUUCAUGGCAUCCUCUCCCACAUCAACACCGUCUUCGUUCUGCGAAGCAAGGAGGGCCUGCUGAAUGUGGAGACUGUAGAGAACGAGGACGAGCUGACGGGGGUGGAGAUCAGCUGUCUGAGAUUGAAAGGACAGAUGAUUUACUUGCCAGAGGCGGAGAACAUCCUUUUUCUUUGCUCACCCAGUGUUAUGAACCUGGAUGACCUCACACGAAGAGGACUAUACCUGAGUGACAUCCCGCUACAUGACGCCACGCGCGACCUGGUACUGCUGGGCGAGCAGUUUCGUGAGGAGUACAAGCUGACCCAAGAGCUGGAAAUCUUGACAGAUCGUCUGCAGCACACGCUCCGGGCCCUGGAGGAUGAGAAGAAAAAGACAGACAGAUUGCUCUAUUCCGUUCUGCCGCCAUCUGUCGCCAACGAGCUGCGUCACAAACGGCCUGUCCCGGCAAAACGCUACGACAACGUGACCAUCCUCUUCAGUGGCAUUGUGGGAUUCAAUGCCUUCUGCAGCAAACAUGCAUCGGCUGAGGGUGCCAUCAAGAUAGUCAACCUGCUCAAUGAUGUUUACACACGUUUUGACAUCCUGACGGACUCUCGGAAUAACCCUUAUGUAUACAAGGUGGAAACGGUGGGCGAUAAGUACAUGACAGUGAGCGGACUGCCAGAGCCGUGCACACACCACGCCAAGUCAAUCUGCCACCUCGCUCUUGAUAUGCUGGAGAUUGCUGGGCAAGUCAAAGUGGAUGAUGAACCAGUACAGAUUACCAUUGGGAUUCACACAGGAGAAGUGGUGACUGGGGUGAUUGGCCAGAGGAUGCCCAGAUACUGUCUUUUUGGAAACACGGUCAACCUCACAAGCCGUACAGAAACUACUGGUGAAAAGGGGAAAAUAAAUGUCUCAGAAUAUACUUACCGGUGUUUGCAGUCUGCUGAGAAUGCCGACCCUCAGUUCAAUUUGGAGUAUCGCGGCCCCGUCACCAUGAAAGGAAAGAAGGAACCGAUGAAGGUGUGGUUUCUGUCCAGGAAGGCCACUGACACAGAGUCAGUUAAAGCUUAACAAUUUAGAUUCAGUACUAAAACAGCAUGAGUGCUGUCUGACAGAGGCAGCAGUAUGAUACUGUAUUGGCUAUAUUUCUACACAGAUGUCGAGGCAGGGAUGAGAUGGAUCAGGUGAAAUAAAAAUAAUGAUCUGUCCACAGACAUGAAGAUAUUUUUUAAUAUGAUGUGGAUUUCAACCUAUAUCGUUGUUCUGCUUGACCAUAAUGUGUCAUAACCUCACUAUAUUUUUUUACCAUACACACACUAGUGAAGUGUUUCAUAAAUAGUAGAGGUUACUGACAACAGCAUAUGGUACAUUCAAGUUUGAUACACAAAAUAUUCUCACAUUGUUAUUGUACAGAACAUCACUAAAAGUUUUGAUAAGCCAAACAUUUUCCAUCCGUUGAAGUUUUUCGCUGCUAAUUUUGUCUUGUUCUGCAUUUGUUCUGCAGCCUGCCAAAAAUACUGAGAACCUAUAGCCUUCAUCAACCCAAAUAAUUAUUUACAUGAACAAAAUCUUAGAUAGUCUUAGACAAUGUCAUUUUCACUUUUAAGGGUGAUGAGGUUAAAAUUUAGUUUUAAAGUGAAAGAUCUGAAUGAUGAGUGUAGUAAAUGUGCCAUUGCAGUACUGUUUUAAAGACCCUCAUUGUGCUUAGAGUUAUGAAGUUUUACACUGAUGAUGUUACGCUGGCAUCAAGACCAUUUAAAGAAAUAUGAAUUAUAUAUAUUGUAGAGGUUGUAUUUAUAUAGAUUAUAUAUUAUACAUCUAUAUAGACAUAGGUUAUACCACCGUAUUCACCAGUUCUUUUGCACAAAAGCUUCAAUAGCUUCAUAUAUUACUAUUCAAAGGUGUAUUUCAUGUUAAGUCAUUUUUUUAAAAGUCACAAAUAACUCACAUAGAGCCCUGAGUAAACCCCCAUCAUCAUGUAUAUCAUUGAAUUAUUAAAACAGUCUGACAGUUUAAAAUGAGCACUAAACUCUACUUUACUUAAUCUAUUUAUUGCACCUCUACUUCAGAUUUUGAGUACUACUGUACAUACAUGCAUUACACAUAACACACGCACACAUGCAUAGACAUAUUGAGCAGUAUUUUCACUUAUAGUAAACAUUGUUGAGAUAUUCUUAAUGAUCUAACGGUACAUAUUUAUUGUUAACAUUAUUUGAUAUUUAUUUUUUUCAUUAUAAAAUGUAAUUAUGACCUUUAGAAAACAGAAUAUACAUUGACAAAAAACAAGAAAAAAAAAACUUAUUAUGGAUAAACCCAGGUUAAACUUUGUGCUGUAUGUGUGUUUUUUUUUUUUAAAAUAUGAGAAAAUGUACACUUUUUUUUCCCCACUUCCACAUUUUUCCAAAGUCAUUAAUAUUAAAACCUCACAUAAAGUCCUCCAUGCAGCUUCUUGUGUAAGAAAUGUACAGGUGCCUCUUGUAUUGUACAAGUGCAUUUUUGUGCUUGUAAGACUUGAUUGUUUUAACAACGUUUCUGUUGGGAGGUAACAAAUAAAACAGUCCUGAGAAGU